ACCUGGUGUCAGGGCAAGAUGGCGGCGCUCAGGCGUCUCACGCUGGGUCCUGCCGCCGCGCUGCUUCGGGCUCAGCCGGGAGGAGCCGGGGCGGGCGCGGCUGCGGGGCGGCGCUGGGUGCGGGCGCUGAGGCGGAGCCCGGUCCGCGUGCUGCCCCCGCGCAAAGAGCAGAGAGCGGCCGCCCCGGCCGGGCGGGAACCCGCGGAGCCGAAGGGAGCCCGGCUGUGGCCGGCCCCGGAGAAGAGCCCGGCCGGGCAGGAGCUGCGCUUCGAGAAGGCGGAGCCCGGAGACAGGCGGCUGGGAAAAGUGGUGACAAUUGCCAAGUCGAAGAAGUUUCGCGACCAGCAUGGGAAGAUUCUGCUGGAGGGUCAGAGACUUAUCAAGGAUGCCCUGGACGCUGGAGCAGUGCCCCAGACUCUCUUCUUCAGUACUGUGGGGCACCUGAAGGAACUGCCUGAGGAAAAGCUGAAGAAAACCACUCUAGUUAAGGUGAAGUUUGAAGACAUUAAGAACUGGUCUGACCUCAUAACUCCUCAAGGGCUGAUAGGAAUCUUUUCCAGACCUGACCAUACCAAGAUGACUUACCCAGCUGUCCAGCAACGGAAUUGGCUGCCCCUGUCCCUUAUCUGUGACAAUCUCCGCGAUCCAGGAAACCUGGGGACUAUACUGAGAUCUGCAGCUGGAGCAGGCUGCAGCAAAGUGCUGCUCACCAAAGGCUGCGUGGAUCCGUGGGAGCCCAAAGUGCUUCGUGCAGGCAUGGGGGCUCACUUCCGCCUGCCCAUCAUUGCCAAUCUGGAGUGGGAAUCCAUUUCCGACUAUCUUCCCACAGACACACAGGUCUACGUGGCCGACAGCCAUGACCCAAGAACACAGGACAAGAUGGAGGAUGGGUCGGGAAAGGCCAGCAGCUAUGGUUGGGUUUCCAGACCUCACAACUUGAAGGCUCCGAUAGGCAGAGAGGACUUGGCUUUUGAUUCAGAGAGCGAAGAGGAGGAGCAGGGAACAGAUGAGGCCUGGUUCCCAGAACUUGACACUCAAUGUUACCACGAGAACUGGACACGGGCGCCAGCAGCAGCAGUGGUGAUUGGUGGGGAGACCCAUGGUUUGAGCACAGAAGCACUUCGGCUAGCAGAGAGCACCGGGGGGAAGAGACUGAUUAUUCCUGUGGUCCCAGGCGUGGACAGUUUGAACUCAGCCAUGGCCGCGAGCAUCCUGUUGUUUGAGGGGAAGAGACAAUUGCAGCUGAGAGAGAAGCAAGAGAGCAAAGGACAGAAGUUCCCUGCCUUGGGCUAAACUGUGCAGGAGACCAUUCUGAAGAGACAGAGCCUCCUCUUCUGUAUGUUCCCAUGCAGGCAGCUUGCAGGGGAAUCAAUAAAAUCACAGGUUUUGUAACUGCUAUUCAGUUUACACUUGCACAGCUGUUAAAACAGACCUGCCCCCGAGAGGUCCAUGCCCAUGUUCAACACCCAGAGGCUCCACAGAGUGCCCAUUUUCUGCACUUGAUGCCCCUUAGCAUUAGUGAACACAUGAAACUCUGGGCAGUGUGCCCAAAUUUUGGGACUCCAAGGGCCACACUUACCUGCAGCUUCCAUCAAGGUGUAGGCUUUGGAGAGAGCAGGCCUUUGCACCUGCUGCUCUGACCUGUUCCCUAGGAAUGCCAUAAGGGGGUUAGCAGAGAGCCAUUUUUAGAGGUAGUCAAAAGAAUUAGCAAUUGCUAACACAGCCCUUGAGUGAUUUAGUUAAAGUCCCUAUCAAGUGAGCUUAAGUCCUCAAAUCCAGGCCUGCUCCCCCACCUCUGAAAUGAGGUUGGGUUUGGUGCUAUCUGUUGAGCAAUAACACACACCCGCUUUCUCGCUUCUGACCCUUGUACACCAAGCUAGCUUCCAGUGACUCGCAUUACUGGGAGUAGGAAAAGCAAAGGAGAGGUUGUGCAAUCAGGUGUAGUUUACAGACAGUUCUCCUAAGGGGACUCUUUUUCUUGGGGUGGGUGACUCCCCCAUCCUGAAGAACAGGGCAGGAGGGAGUCUCUCACCAGGGCCCCAGAGGUUC